AAGGGAUGCAAAUCAUGCGAUGAUGGUGACAUAAAAGGAAGUGCCUAGAGAGAGAGAAAAAAAACCACAGUUAUAUGAGUGGGUUGUUUGGUUUGUACGAAGCUAAGUGACACCAAAGUCAUUAGCCAUGUCCUCUUCGGAAGCCGAAGCAGAGACGCAGACACCGCACAACCUGAUCCCGUACCUCCCAGACGACGUGGCUUUGAACUGUCUAGCACGCAUCCCACGCUCCCACCACCCCACGCUCUCCCUCGUUUCCAAACCCAUCCGCACCCUUCUCUCUUCCCCUCUCUUAUUCACCACAAAUGAAGUUGUUAUCUGCCCCCAUUGUGACCCCGCCGCCGCGCGAUGGGAGCGCGUGCCCAGCCCCGCCGAGAUGCGGGAGAAGUGGAUGCACGCCAGCGCCGUCGUCGGCGACACCGUCUACGCCAUGGCGGACCGUGGCGGCAUCGCGUUCCGCCCUCGCAUCGGCGCGUGGGAGAGCGUGGGGGGAGAAUUGGAUCUCGGGUGGCGGGGGAGGGCGUGCGUGGUGGAGGGGGUUUUGUACUGUUACGACUAUCUGGGGAAAAUCAAAGGGUUCGAUGUGGGGCGCGGGGUGUGGGAGGAGCUGAAGGGGUUGGAGAAGGGUUUGCCGAGGUUUCUGUGUGGGGCUACCAUGGCUGAUUUGGGUGGGAAAUUGUGUGUGGUUUGGGAGUGCCAAGGGAGUAGUGGGAAAGAAAUUGAGAUUUGGUGUGCCGAGAUUGGGGUGAAGAAGAAUCCUGAUGGGGAAUUGUUGGGUCAACUUGGUUGGUUCGGGAAGGUUCUUUCUCUUCCCAAAGGCUCCUCCAUUGUUCACUGUUCUUCUGUUGCUGUGUGACCUUCCUCAUCAGUAAAUUGAUGCAGUAAGCAUUCCUUCAUUUACAUUAAAAAAAGUGGCAUGUCAUUUACUGCUCCCAUGUCUGUAUGUGGAUUGUGGAAUUGUGAAUAAAUAAACUGGAGCUGCUGAAAUAGUCGUGCUGCUGCAUGUAAGUUUAACAAGCUUCUCCAUGAUGCGUCCUUGUGUUUGUGAUAUGAAAAUUUGUACAUUGAAUCUGAGUAAGCAAUACUCUCUUGUUACAUAACAUGACAUUCAUUUGUCAGUUAUUCGGAUAAUCGUAAGAAAUGUAUAUUUAUACCUGUUUAUUGAUUCAUUUCUAAAUAAAAUAUUGCCUGUCAUAUUUGUAUCUA